AUGUCUAGUUUAGAGAAGACACCCCUCUCCUCAAAAAAAUUUGAUAACUCCCAAAAUGCUAUGGUGACGCCACCAGCAACUCUGUCUAGACUCAAGUCUAGAUGUGCAAAGAAAAGUAAUCUGGAACUGGGACCAGACGUGUCUGACUCGGGAAAGUUUUCCGACUUCGCAAAUGACUCAGAUGCACAACCUGGCUCUUUGGUUACUCCUUUGGAGGAAACCAAUCGUCGCAGACACAUGAUAGUUGAUGUUAGUCUUGACAAGACAGGUAGACAACUCUACACACUUGGAAAAGUCAAGGCAAAGAAUGCCAUUCCAGUACACUUGGGUUCUUUGAAUUCUGUGGAAUGUCUUUCUUCUCCACCAACACCACCUUUUACUGAACGUUCAAGUAUUGAUUCAAACGAUAUGACACGGCAGCAGGAAACAGGUGAAGCGGGAUCCUGGGCUCCUGAAGACUCUCCAACUCUACAUCGGAAGAUUACGUCAUCAUGCAUUCUCUCCGACGAUGAUGAUUCGAAGAAACAUCUGGAUCAGUUGAGCAGAGAACUCUCAGACUCACUGAACGGCCCCCUAGGCACCCAGAUAAAUCGCAGCGACUCAGCUUCGUCUAUGGAUGCUUCGGAUUCAUUGAAUGGUGUAAUCAAGCAGGAACCUUGCUCUCCAUCUUUACGCAAGAAUGUUCAUCACCUCGGUUUGCCAAUUGACCUACCGGCCAGCAAACGCCGGAAAAGGAUUUCGUCCGAGAAGGAGAACAAGCCUCCAGAUGAGAUUUGGUCUGAUGAUGUUGAGGCAGCCUUUGCCGAGGCAUUGACCAUUAUUCCGAAAAAGGGACUGCACAAAAUCAAGAUUAGUGGAUGUGCAAAGGGACGGAAUGAAUUGAUAUCCGACUAUAUACUGGCCAAGACGGGAAAGGUUCGUACUAGGAAACAGGUCUCUUCCCACAUUCAGGUUAUAAAAAACCUUCAUAAAAAUUCUACAUUGAUUAAUUUGAUUUUGCAUGGGCCUUCACAGACUCCGGAAAUAGCCAGGAAAUUUGAUGAAAUAUUCUCUCGCAUUUCUCUCGCAAAAUCUCUCGGCCCACUUGCAUCUACUGGUGCUGCAAGUGAAUUCAAGAUUCUCAACAAGCAUUAUUCCAGAAAUAGCACCUAUGCCGAUUCCAGGCAUUCAACGAGGAGCCGGGCUGGAUCGUCUAAAUCUCAUCCGGCUAUUGAUCAAUCGAUGCUGAAACGUAUUGGCAUUAGUGUGAAGAGGUUCAGAUUCAACUUCCUUGACAUCAAUGAUCCACAGAGAUCACACAACUUCUCCGUACUUUCAAAUAAUGGAGCAAUGCAGCCACCGCUACGGAUCAGAUUCAAUGCUGAUCUUCGCUACAGAUUCCCACGGUUCUUCGAAUUGAUCAAGGAGAUCGGGGAAGCCGUUCCUGUCAGCAUCAAUAAAUCUGGCAAAAACAAGGCCAAGCCUUCUUGCCAAAUUGAACGUGCUUCUCUUUCAGUUCCAUUGGUGCCAAUCCUUCAUGGAAUGGUGAAAAUGACUACUCUACCGAUGGAUGAGGAUACUACGGGUGGUGAGUUUAACGCAGGAACAGUCAUUAGAUUGACAAAGUUACCACUUUCUGACGAGCGGUUUUGUUGUUUGUCUCUUGUGUACUCAUUUGGCCGGCUUAUUCUGACAACCUUUGAGAAACUUGAAUCUAAAGGAUCCAGGAAAGGAGACCACAAAGAUGUGAAUUGUGAAAUUCGUUUGGGCACAAACUACUGGAAGGACUUCUUUCGUGGCUUGAGAAAAAUCUUGGUGAAGAAGUUGACAAACAAGACAGAGUCUCAAUUACUAUCCCGCGCUGUCAAAGGUAUCACGAUGAAGCAGGUUGUUUUCAGCGUUUCUGAGAAGCAAUACCGCUGUAUAUCUCCUAAGCAGUACAACCUUGAUACAAUUCCAAAGGACAGCAUUCGUGCGGUGCUACUUUGGGAGUUUCUGCGUACCGAAAACCCACCAAAUGCAAUUACCACUCUCCGUCUGAUUCACCUACCUGCAGCCAAGGGUAACACGUCCUCACGUAAAGCUCUCAUUCCUAAGAAAUCCGUCGAGAAUGGUAUCCCACCACUUUCUAUACCUAUGAGAAAAUCAUUGAACGAACUUUCGGCAGACAUUCAAGGCUCUACUUUUCAUGCUAUUGAUAUUCCUUCGAGCGCAAAGUCGGCUCCUAGUCUGGCAACAUGGAAAGAUUCAGCCACUUCGUCAUUAUGCAGCCCGGCUAUCCACUCAACUGAGGAGAACACUUUGGAAAGGGAUAUUGCUGAACAUUCAAAUUUCGCAAACAUAUCAAUUCCUCGUGUUCAGAUGCAGGCGGAUGCUCCAUCGUUUAUGGAUUAUGGUGGUACUGUGCAGAUGCCUGCUCUGUACUUGAAUGCACAGCCAGAAAAUCCGGCCACUGGUGAUGGUUCGUUUAAUUCCACCGAAUCAGCUGCACCUUUUUCAAUUCCCGGCUUUUCUCUUUCUGCCGCUGCUGCCGAGCCGGAAGAACCACUCGAAACGAGAUAUCUUGAUCUUUCACAGCCUCUUUCUAUGUCAUCAGAUUCAACUGAGGUUGAAGCCGAUUGUGCUGCCGCUUAUGCCAACGAGUUUGACGAAUCAAUGACUUCCAUGAACUCCCAUGGCCCGGCAGACAACUUCUGUAUGAUGGGAUAUGAGCUGAUGUGGUGA